UAGGAAUUCAUCCUUCGCACAUAGACAAUCUUUGGUGUACCAUAAACGGUUGCUACUGUCCUCAAAGGUCGUUACCACUGUUAAACUUCAACUGAAGAGGGCAGUUAAUAAAUUGGUAUUCUCCCUCAGCUGGCAGCAUCCCUACAGGAGCUGGAAGAAGACGGAGAAAGAGGCCGUGCACACAGAUUAAAGUUGGAGCGGUUAAAGGAAUGAAGAUAUACUGGACAGAACAAUGAGAGAGUCGGUGAGAUAAUCAGCACUGGAGAGACAAAACACUGUGACUCAACACGAUCAGCUGCCCUGUCUCUGUAAUGGAGCGAGAAGAAGCGGCAGCCAGGGAGGAUGGAGACUCACAGCUGGUGUACAGGAUUGAGCGUCCAGUCUAUGAUGAAUCCUUCAUCCGCUCACAGCUUCUCAACCGCAAAGAAAACUCCACCACCCUCCGACAGAAGCUGGCACAUCAGUUCCAGUGUUCAUCAGAGAGGGCCAAAGCAGUAGCUCUGAGCUUCCUGCCUAUCCUGACAUGGCUGCCAUCCUAUCCAGUCAAACAGUACUUGUUUUCAGAUGUGGUCUCAGGUCUAAGCACUGGAGUUGUGCAGCUCCCUCAAGGUCUAGCCUACGCUAUGCUAGCUGCUGUGCCUCCAGUUUAUGGUCUGUACACCUCAUUCUACCCCGUUCUGCUCUACACCUUCUUUGGCACGUCCAGACACAUAUCAGUAGGUACCUUUGCAGUCAUAAGUCUGAUGAUUGGGGGUGUUGCUGUGAGGGAAGCCCCAGACUCGAUGUUUUACGUCCUACCCACAAACGGAUCCAACAUGUCUGCCGUCCUGGACGUGGAGGCUCGUGACGCCAGGAGGGUCCAGGUGGCCGUGAUGCUCACAACCAUGGUGGGAAUCAUCCAGAUCGUCCUAGGUCUUCUCAGGUUUGGCUUUGUGGCAAUCUACCUCACAGAGCCCCUGGUACGAGGCUUCACAACAGCAGCAUCUGUGCAUGUCUGCGUGUCCCAGCUAAAGUACCUGCUGGGGGUGAAGACACAGCGUUUUAGUGGGCCCCUCUCUGCUAUUUAUAGCGUCAAAGCCGUGCUGAGUGACAUCACCAGCACCAACAUCGCCACUCUCAUCCUGGGCCUCGUGUGUCUCAUCUUCCUGUACGCGAUCAAAGAGAUCAAUGAGCGCUUCAAAAAGAAACUGCCCAUUCCCAUUCCUGGAGAGAUUAUCGUUGUCAUUGUGUCAACCGGCGUGUCGUAUGGCAUGUCUUUGUCAGAGGGCUACAAGGUGGAUGUGGUUGGGACGAUACCAACAGGGCUUCUCCCCCCUGCUGUCCCAGAGUUCUCUCUGUUACCCAGUCUGGUCACAGACUCCUUUGCUGUAGCGAUCGUAGGAUUUUCAAUGGGCAUCUCACUUGCCAAGAUCUUUUCCCUGAAGUAUGGGUACAGUGUGGACGGCAACCAGGAGCUGAUUGCCCUCGGUUUGUGCAACUUCAUCAGCUCUUUUUUCCAAACCUUCGCCAUCACUUGCUCCAUGUCGAGAAGCCUGGUGCAGGAGAGCACAGGAGGAAAAACACAGAUCGCAGGGCUGCUGGCGUCUCUCGUGGUGCUGCUGGUGGUGGUGGCCAUUGGUUUCGUCUUCCAGCCGCUCCCUCAAACUGCGCUGGCUGCCAUCAUCAUGGUCAACUUGCUGGGGAUGUUCAAACAGUUCAGAGACAUUCCUGCUCUGUGGAGGACCAGUAAGAUCGAACUGGCUAUCUGGCUUGUAGCCUUUGUAGCGUCUGUGCUCUUGGGUCUGGAUUAUGGUCUCCUAGUGGCUAUUGCAUUCGCCAUACUAACAGUCAUCUACAGAACACAGAGUCCCAAAAGUGCCGUCUUGGGCCACGUUCCUGGUACUGGCCUGUACUGUGAUGUGGAUGAGUAUGAAGAGGCAGCUGAAUAUGAGGGGAUUAAGAUUUUCCACUCUAACUCUUCAAUCUACUUUGCCAACAGUGACCUCUAUGUGAAUGCCCUCAAGGAGAAGACAGGAGUAAACCCUGAACACUUACAAGCUGCACGGAAAGCCCGAAAAAAACAGAAGGAGAAGGCAAACAGCAGCCACAACUCUCCAUCAAAGAUAUGUGUCAAGUACAAGAAGCAGGGAGUGACCCACGAGGUUGUGUCCUGUAACCACAUGGCGGAGGAGCAGAAGAACGGCCAGCUUGGGGACAGACUCAGCGAGUCAGAGGAGGCCAUCUUCCUUGAACCUCCCGGCACUGUCCAUUCCAUCAUCCUGGACUGGACGUCUGCCAGCUUCAUCGACUCUGUGGGAGCCAAAGCCAUCAAACAGGUCAUUAAGGAAUAUGCAGCUGUGGAUGUGCGGGUGGUUAUAGCUGGCUGCAGCAGAAGCCUUUUGGCUGAGCUGGACACCUUACAGUUCUUCACUGGGGUCAUGACCACAGACAUGGUGUUCCCCACAGUCCAUGACGCUGUGCUGCACUGUCAACACUCACAUUCCCACCCACCAACAGCUGCUCCAACCAAUGAAAUUCCCUCACAAGAGAUGACACUCGUAACCGAGAACAAACCAUAACAGAAGUCCUGACUUUGACAGACGACUUGGGAGGCGCCGCAACCUGACUGUGGGAGGGACGAGCGUGAUUCCGCGGAUGUUCCUGCAUCACAGUAGAGUUGUACUGAAUAAUCAUUCGCAUUGAACAGAAGUGCUGUUUUCCUUCUCAUGAAGCACUGACAGCUUGUUAAAUUUUAAGUGCCCAAAGCAGCGAGAUAGAAGGCAGUUUUAUGAGACCUUUAUCCAAUCACAAAUUCAGCAUUAAGUUUCCAGCUGAGAUUCCUACAGCCUUAUUCUCUUGCAUCCUCCCCCUCUCUCUCUCUCUCUCUCUCUCUCUCUUUCAAGGGAAUUUUGUUUUAGAGUUUUAAGGGCUGUUUAAGUCCUCACUGCUCUGCUGGGAGAACUAAAAUUUGAAAGUAAGCUGCUGCUGAUAUUGUCCCACUGACAUUUUCUUGACAUUUUCAGAGUGAUGUCUGUAGGAGUCUAGUUUGUGGUUAAAAACUGACCAGAAGCUGCCUCUCAUCAUCAUGCUGGUAUCAAAUGUUUGUAGUUACUGAGACAUUGUCCUGAUGGAUAUGUGAAUAUUAUAUUUUCAGCUGUAUUUGUUUGUUGUUACAGUACAUUUGCACUGUUGUUUGAGUCAACAAUAAUAUAUUAUACAUUGUCAAUUGGUAUUUUAGUAUAAAAACUGUUUCCUGUUUCUUAAAAAAAAAAAAAAAAAAAGCUUUAGUUGUGCUCUUACCAUAUGACACAGGAUGCCUUUACAGUUACCAUGCAGUUACUUUACAACAUUUAACAAAAUACUGAGACUUAAAUCUGGAAUAAACUUUAUUUUUUAAGUGAA